UUACUUAAAGAGUUACAAGCAAUCAGCUUGGUAAUCGGAAGGGCGUCCUAGCUUUUCAACCACAUCAAACCUUCAAAUCGAUCAAAUCACAAUACAAUGGAACAUUUAACCAUCCCAGAACGUCCAAAAUUCGUUUCAUACGAUUCAUCAGAAACUGUUGUUAGUGCUUCAGUUGCUUUCAUAGAAGAUUUAGAAGCCCAGCACACCAAAGUCCAUAAAAUAGAUGAUUUCAAUGAACAUCAUGAUUCAGAUGCGGAAUCCAUAAUCACCAUUGGUAAUGAUGCUACACAUGAUGAGAAGAAAGUAUCCAUGUUUAUGGAUGACGUGGAUGAUUUCCCAGAAGGUGGUUUAAAAUCCUACUUGGUUGUAUUAGGUUCAUUUUUGGGAUUGAUUCCAUGUUUUGGUCUUUUCAACAUCUUGGGUGUGAUUGAAUCUUAUGUCAAUGAACAUCAAUUAUCAAAUGUUGAUUCAUCUACUGUUGGUUGGGUUUUUUCAGUUUUUUCUUUCAUCACAUAUACCACAUGUAUCUUUUCCGGUACUUAUUUUGAUAGAAACGGUUCAAGAGUACCAUUAAUUGCCGGUACAACUUUAGUUUGUUCUGGGUUAGUCGCUACUGCAUCUUCCAAAACUGUUAUUCACUUCAUCUUAUCAUUCAGUUUACUCACAGCUUUCGGUAAUGGACUAUUAAUGUCACCUUUAGUCUCUGUUGUUUCUCACUAUUUCUUACAAAAAAGAGCAUUUUUUUCAUCAUUGGCAACACUGGGUGGUUCAUUUGGUGGUGUUAUUUUCCCAAUUUUAUUAAGAGAAUUGUUUCCAAGACUUGGCUUUGAAUGGUCAAUGAGAAUCUUUGCAUUAAUCUGUGGCUUUUUACUUUUAUUCUCCAUAUUAUUAGCAAGAGAAAGAUUCAACAAUAGUGAAAAUUAUGCAAAUGAAACUCUAAAGCAAAGAACUUUAGCAUACUUAUCAGCAUUUGAUUUCAAUUCAUUAAGAGAUCUAAGAUUUGUGUUUUGUGCAAUCGGUGCUCUUUUCGCUGAAGUUUCCACAGUUAGUUUGAUGACUUAUUUUGCAUCUUAUGCCAUUCAAAGAGGAUUCACCAUCGAUGAUACUUAUGUCUUGGUCACAAUUGUUAAUGCUGGUACCAUUCCUGGCCGUUUCAUCACUGGUUAUUUAGCUGAUAAAUUGGGUAGAUUCAACGUUAUCAUAGUGACCAUCAUGCUUUCAGGUGUCGUUGGGUUAGUUCUUUGGAUGCCAUUUGGUUACAGCUUAAAAGUUUUAUAUGCCUAUGCUGCUGUUUAUGGCUUCUUUUCAGGUUCAAUUUUCUCAUUGUUACCAGUUUGUUGUGGACAAAUCUGCAAGACUGAAGAGUUUGGAAGAAGAUACAGUACCAUGUACUUCAUCGUUGCCUUUGGUACAUUAGUUGGUGUUCCAAUUGGAGGAGCCAUCAUUGGUGAUAAAUCCAUCACCAACUACAACUACUUUAUUGUCUACACUGCCGUGGCAGCAUUCCUCAGCUCCACCUGCUAUUUCCUUUCCAGAUAUUUCUCUCUUGGAAAGAUCAGGCUCACUGCCAAAUUUUAA